CAAAAAUCCCUAUGUGAUUUGUUAUGGGUUGCCGAUGAUGUUUGGUUAUAUUUUAGGUAAAAUGUAGUUUUUACCUAUUAUUUAAAGCUUGCAAGAUAAUUAAACAUUUAAUUUUGGAAUAAACAUUACACAACCAUGGAUAGCAUAGGGGCCGAGGUUGGACAGAAAAUGAGGUCUGCUAUUAAAGCCAAACUUACGGAACUUGGAUGUUACGUCGAUGACGAAUUGCCAGAUUACGUUAUGGUUAUGGUUGCUAAUAAGCGAACCAAAUCACAAAUGAACGAAGACUUGCAGCUUUUUUUAACAACGAAAACCUCCACAUUUGUCGAUUGGUUGCAGAUUGUAUUAAAAAAGCUUAAAGAGAUUACGGUCACAAAUCCUGACAUUUACAAACGUGCUUCGAAACGGAAAACUGACGAUGCACAUUUAAAUGUUAAGGUGAAAAAGGAGAAGAAGGAUAAAAGCAAAUCUAACAAAAAGGCUAAAAGGAAAGAUGUCAAGCCCAUCUUAAAAGAGAUGGCUGAAAUGAAAUCUUUAACUGAUAACCUCCCCGUGGAGGCCAGUAAAUUGUCGGAAAUGCGUAAAAUAGUUGUUAUGCAGGAAAAUCACAAUAGUAAUAGUAAUUUAGAGAGUGUUAAUGAGGAUUGUUUUGAUAUACCUCCUUUAUCUGAGGUAGCGAUUUCUAAUGAGAAUGAAUUGGUAGAAAUUGAGAAGAAAAUAAAAAGUGUCAAAAGUAGAUUGGGACUCCAGGUUGCUAGUGACUCGGAGGAUGAGGAUUUUAUAAAUCUUAAAGCAGAACCAGAGGAAUUGUUUCCCAAUGAGCAACUGCAAGAAUUGAAGCAAAAGAAAACUGAAGAGGCUUCGGCUAGAAAAAUUAAAAUAGUCAGACAUUCAGACAGUAGCAGGGAAUUAAAUGAACCCAAUAUUACAGAGUACAGUGAAGAUUUGGAAGAGCCCCACAGUCCUAAGGAUAAAAAUGAACAUCCUCGCAUUGUUUUUGAGGGCGAACAUCCGCCUAAAAGACAAUCGGUUAUGGAGCGAUUGGGAAAGAGACCCAGUUCUAAUAGUUGGGACGACGAUGCUCAAAAACACAAAAAAAUUAGUUUAGCCUCGAUACGAAAGCAGGAGGAAGAAUUAUUGGGCUUGCCGAAAACUAAAUCAACAUCGCAGCGGAACAAAAAUGAGGAAUCAAAAAAAAUCACAAGAUCAAACACCCCCGAGUCUCACAGAGAAAGUGCACUUAAACGACUAGGAGUCAUGUCGAAAGUGGCGGUACCACCUCCAAAACCUAAUAGCGAAUCUGAGGACGAAACCGUAAACAAAGAGGUCCUUAGUGUGAUCAAAGUGAAGCCUCGUGUACUGCCUCCAUCUAAUAGUCUAGCGAAUAAAAACUUACUAUUGAAAGCAGUUGCUGAAGCUCAAAGAAGUGUUGCGCAAACUCCAAUGGUUGGAAGCAAUUCAAAGCCUGAUGCACUAUUUACCAAAAAGUAUCGUGAAAGAUCUUCACAUCAUUCGUCUUCUAGAAAACUACCAGAUAAAGAAAAAAGCAAAAUAAAACAUAUUUUAUCAAAAAGUAACAAAAAGGAGAAAAGAGAGUAUGAUAGCAGUAGUGAUGAUGACAAUUUGGAAUACGUACCUAGACCAGUAAAGCAAGGAAGAAGAUCCAGUGAGCGAUUAGAAUACAUACCAAGCUCUAAAGAACACAGUGGCGAUGACCACGUUGAAGGAUCUGAUGGUGAUCCAACCACACUUCCCAGGCAAAGCAAGGGCCAUACCUUUAUUAUCACACUAGAUGGCAUUGCUCGACAAAAUAAAUCGCCUAAAAAAGGUAUUGAAACGGAUACUAAAACUACAGAUUCUUCUGGAAGGGGUAAAGAGAGAAAGCUACCAUCUCCCAUAGUGUUCGAUAAGGUCGAUAGUUCUCCAACUCCGUCUAAAUUAAAGCAAAUACCCGAUAAAUUGCCAAUUGUUGCACAUCCCUCAUCUCUCAAAGCUAAAGAAAAGUGUAAAUAUUGGCCAAGUUGUAGGCUAGGUGAGAAAUGCGAAUUUGUUCACCCCAACACACCAUGCAAAGCAUUUCCUCAAUGCAAAUUUGGAGACAAGUGCUUGUACAUACAUCCAAUGUGUAAAUUUGAGAAUUCGUGUACAAGGAAAGAUUGCCCUUACAACCAUAACUCCCGAAUUCAUGCUUCUCCAGCAGGACCACUGCAAAUGUGCAAAUUCUUUCCAAAUUGCAGUAACGUCCAUUGCACGUUUUACCAUCCUCGCCCAUGUAAAUAUGGAAAAUAUUGUAAAAAUCAGGGAGAGUGCCAUUUUGUGCAUAAUUUCGCUACCAAGAACAACUUUACAUGGCGUUCGGCUGUCAAAUUAUAAUUUAUUUAUUUUUUGAGCAUAUUUAUUGUUUUGGUUUUUUGAUAUGCUUGUUUGAUUUCUAAUUUUCUGUAAAUAAGGAUAUUAAAAACAUAAUACAGAGAGUGUGUUAUGGAUGGAACUAGUCAAUUUGUAUCAACCUUACAUUUUAUUUUCAAUUUUCCUCUAUUAGCUCAUAUUGUAAGUAUUUUAACCAUGGUUGAUGGGCGAUAUUAUAGUAUUGCUAUUGAUUAAAUUUAUUCCACUUUGACUAGUUUAUUAGAUUAUCAUCAAGUAGUUGACAAUGUCCUUAAUUUUCCUUCUAAUAAAA